AAAAAUAAUUCCCGCGGAAAACGAUAGAAAAACUCACCUUGAGAAUUACCUAACUCUUUUCGCGGAGACUAAAGAAGCUCUGACACGUAAAUAGAACAAUAGACCAUUGAAAACUUACAACGAUAGAACAAUGGAAUUUCUAAAAACAGAAGUUUUACAUUUUUAUGUGCACACGUUUCGUUCGUAUCAGAUAUCUGCUAACAAGCGAAGAAAAAGCAACUUUGGCGUUCAGAAAUAUAUUUUUUCACGUUUGUUUAAUAAAAAAAUCCACAUUAACGAUAACACGAACGAUGGCAUCGAAUAAUUACAUAAAUAUAUACCCUACUACAACACCCAGCAACACGAGUCCAAACACACCGGAAGACAUAUUCCUUACACAAGACGUGUUCCGAAAUCAAGAAGUUCUCGUGACCGUAGAUAAUUUAGAAUUAGAAAUACUAAGGCACAGUACCACCUUAGAACCCGAAGACAAAAAAGAAGGAGACACAACACAAAAAGACGAAGAACUAAGUGACAGCCAAAAGCUAGAAACGUUUAUUUGAAUGUGCAGCUGGUGUUAAAUAUUUAUGUGUUUGGGCUGCUCAUUGUUUUAGCUGGAUCUUGAAAGUUAAGAUAAAAACAUCGAGAGAGGGUUGCCACAUCAGCCAACGAAGGGUCAGUCGGAGAACCGACCUCCUCAAAUCGUUAACUUAUUGGCAACCAGGCUUCUAUGCUGAUACCUCAACGAUGCAGGAUCACCGUUAAAUUUCAAGAAUAUCAAGAGACUAGACCUGUGAGAUGGAGAGCAACGAAGAAGGGUCACUGAAUCAGCUAGCGAAGGGCCAGUCAGAAAUCCGACCUCCUCAAAUCGCUAACCUACCAGCGACAAGUGUUAUUGCUGAUCAACCUCACUUUGUCUGCUCAAUCAGCCUUUUUUAUAAAAAUAGAAUAUUAUCAAAUGAAAAAGAUAAUUCUUUGUUUUUAAAUAACCAAUAUUUGGAAUUUAUAUUAACAAUAU